AUGGAACAGACGGACGGUCCUGCCCCUGAGAGCAACAACCCUAAUGCGUUUGUCAACCGCGUGUUUAACGUGUCGCUGGAUGUGGAGAAUGAAACCAGCAGCGUGUAUAUUCAAGAGGCUGGGCCAGGGCUCGCCGAGGCUGCCUCUUCUCAGACUCAGACCUCUGCCAAAGAGAGACUGGAGGUCAGCCGGAGGCCCCGGGGGGGCACCGGGGGCAUCUGGAAGAUCCUGAACCGAAAGAGAGCCGUGCCCGAGCUGGAGAGGAGGCCCCACUCCAUGAUUUUGCCCGGAGAGGCCUCCAUCCCUAAACUCACGUUCGCCGACAAAGUUCGCUCCUUCAAGAAGCUAAAAUCGCCCGCCGUGUUCAGAGGAAAGACCGGGAAGCUGUCCACGGCUAAGUUCACCAGCUCCCUGGUGGACGAGGAGACCUUCUGCCGGGAUAUCGGCACCCCUCAGCAGAGCAGCAGGGGGACGCUGAAAAACCGCGCCAAGAGGCACUCGUAUGCCGGCUACACCGCGGAAUUCGACUGCUCCUUUGAAGACCUGGACCUCUCAUCCCCUCUGGAUGGCCUUCAGCCCGCCGUAACAGGAGAACCCGUGACUCAGAAUGGCUGCAAACCCUCCGAGAGAGUCACCUACGCUAAAAGAAGCAGCAACAACUCCAGCAACUGCAACAGAGUCGGCGCAGCUUGUGAAGAGGCCAGCGUCAGGAGCAGCCCCAGGACCCACCACGGCGGCGGGAGGAGACACAAAGAUGUGUGGAGUUACCUGAGAAGGAUUUCCCUCUUGGGGAAGGCCAACCCGGUCUACUCGGAGAGGAGUUUUGACUCCGAGCUUCACUCGCUGGACAAAACCAUGGACUCGGACUAUGGCUCCGUGGAUUUAGAGAGCGUCAGGGACAUUCAGCCGCCACCCCCGAAGCCCUCGGACACUAAGGGAACCUUCGGUGGCCUGUUCAAAUUUUUCAACAGUGUAGCAGAAUCAGCCAGGAAGUGGCGAACCACAUCCCGCUCCUUUUCUCCUCCAGAGGGAGAGAAGACUCCGAUGAGCACCCCCCGGGCCCCACAGCGCACGGUGGACAACGUUCACAGCGUGUUGCUGACUCUCCACAAUGAAAGACCUCCAAACCCCCAGUCUGCCCCAUCGUUAGCACUGAGUGAAAUAUCUUCAAACUUCGAUGGCUUUGACAGUGAAACUCAACCACCUGCGACAGGUGGACCGUCCCCGAAAGUUAUGCUGAAAGGCUUUAGGUCAUGUCCAGGACCCCAAGCUGUUAAUGGCCUUCAGAGUGCUAACACCAAAGUCAAACCCGUAAACAGGGAGACAAACCAGAAGGCCACAUUUGUUGUGCAGAACCAUGCUCCUCAUUCGGAUCCAAACACAGAGGCCCAAAGAGAAGCUGUGGUUGAAGGGGAUCAAUCGAGAUUUCUCGGUGAAGAGGAGAAAGUAAAGGGACAGACAGGAAAUGAGCAGGAUUCCAGGGACGCUCCUUUGGACUCCCAGCAGAUACAGGAAGUGAAUGUCCAAUCACAGCAAGGUGACAAAGAGAGCAUAGCCAAUAGCGUACCAGCCUCAGACUCCACAGAAGAAAUAUUCAAGCUGUGUGAGCAGAUUGCCAGCCAGACAGGCUGCAGUAUCAGACAGCCGGGUCCGGGCACGGCCCACUCUAGCACAGAGAGGACCUCUGUGCCCCACAAGCGGUUGCGAAGCCGCCCCCGCCCGGCCUCGGCCGUGCUGGACCUGCGGCGGCCCGUCCCAGAUCGGGAGCUCUACGGCCACUAUAGCGAGGUCGGCUCACUGCCCCGCCAAAGACGCAGGCCUGCCGCCGCCGCCGCGCACCACUCCCCGGCGCAGAGACGGAUGGCCGCCCGCUCCAGGCCAUUCUCUGUCAUAGAGAGCAGCGUUUCUAGAGAGACGCAGUCAACGGAGCUGUACCACAGAGCCUUGUCUCGGCCCCCGGGCGUGUCACCGCUGGAGCCCCCGCACAGGGCGUCCCUACAGCGGUGUCGCUCCCUGCCCCUCCCCCCCAGCACCCUCACCGCCCUGGCCCUGCUCCUCCCUCAGUCAGCCAUGGGGCAGUUGUCGUCGUCGGUGCGGCUGCGGUCCGGAGGAUCAGGGAGCUGCAGGAGGCGGAGGCUGUUAAGACCCGGGUCCGAACCGCUACAAGUCAACAUCACGGUGGGGAGCCGAGAACCGAGCCGUGACAGGGAGCGCGCAUCUCGGCAUCGGCCCGCAGCGCUGCGCCAUGGCCUUGGACGUCCAGACGUGCGCGGUGUUCACGGUGAUCGCGGUGCUGGUGCUUGUGAACGUGCUGUUGAUGUUCAUCCUCGGUACUCGUUAAUGGAUCGGCGCUCGGGGCCCGGUUCGUGCAGGAGAGGAGAGAAAAGCGGUGCGCGUUGGUCGAGAGCGGGGACACCCGGCGCUCCAUCACGGCUACGCUUUGAAAUGAAUGACUUGAUAAGUGGAGGUUCAAUCGUCAACGCUGAGGCGGUAUGGGACCAUGUGACCAUGGCGGAUCGGGAGUUGGCAUUUAAGGCCGGUGACGUCAUCAAGGUGCUGGACGCCUCCAACAAGGACUGGUGGUGGGGCCAGAUUGACGAGGAAGAAGGAUGGUUCCCUGCCAGCUUUGUUCGGGUGGAACCCCACCCUCCUCAGCCCCAAACAAAACAGGUUUUCUAUAUCAACCCCAUAGCAACUCCACGGUUCCAAAACACCACGUCAAAGCUGUGGGUGAACCAGGAGGACGGUGGAGCGGAGCCGGCCGAGGGGACCAGCGAGGUGCAAAAUGGGCACCUGGAUCCGACCAAUGACUGCCUGUGUCUGGGCUCCCCCCUCCAAAACCGAGACCAGAUGAGGGCCAACGUCAUCAAUGAGAUCAUGAGCACAGAGAGACACUACAUUAAACACCUCAAGGACAUCUGUGAGGGCUACUUACGCCAGUGCAGGAAGCGUGUGGACAUGUUCAAUGACGACCAGCUGAAGGUGAUUUUUGGGAACAUCGAGGACAUCUACCGUUUCCAGAUGGGUUUUGUCAGAGAUCUGGAGAAACAGUACAACACCGAGGAGCCCCACCUCUCUGAAAUCGGGCCAUGCUUUCUAGAACACCAAGAUGGUUUCUGGAUCUAUUCAGAAUACUGUAACAACCACUUGGAUGCCUGCAUGGAGCUGAGCAAACUGAUGAGGGAUGGCAGGUACCAGCACUUCUUCGAGGCGUGUCGCCUCCUCCAGCAAAUGAUUGACAUUGCCAUAGAUGGCUUCUUGCUCACCCCUGUCCAGAAAAUCUGCAAAUACCCCCUCCAGUUGGCCGAGCUCCUUAAAUAUACCGCGCAGGAGCACAGUGACUAUCGAUAUGUGGCAGCUGCCCUGGCCGUGAUGCGGAAUGUCACUCAACAGAUCAAUGAGCGGAAGAGGAGACUGGAGAACAUUGACAAAAUUGCCCAGUGGCAGGCUUCUGUUCUUGACUGGGAGGGGGAUGAUAUCUUAGACAGGAGCUCGGAGCUUAUCUACACUGGGGAGUUGUCAUGGAUCUAUCAACCGUAUGGACGCAGCCAGCAGCGAGUCUUCUUUCUCUUUGAUCACCAGCUGGUACUCUGUAAGAAGGAUCUGAUACGCCGGGACAUUCUGUACUAUAAGGGCCGCAUCGACAUGGACCGCUACGAGGUCCGGGACGCCAUAGACGGGCGCGACGACGACUUCAACGUCAGCGUGAAGAACGCUUUCAAGCUGUGCAGCAAAGACAGCGAGGAGAUCCACAUCUUCCUGGCCAAGAAGCCAGAGGAGAAGAUCCGCUGGCUCAGGGCCUUCCACGAGGAGAGGAAGAUGGUGCAGGAGGAUGAAAAAAUCGGUUUUGAGAUCUCUGAGUACCAGAAGCGACAGGCAGCCAUGACAGUGAGAAAGGUGACCAAACAGAAAGGUGUAAACAGGUGCACGCCCCCCUCAUACCCGCCCCCGCAGGAUCCCCUCAGUGCGGGGCAGUAUGAGGUAACGGAGGACAUGGCACAAGGAGAGGUUUUUGAAUUCAGUCAAUCCAAAAGAGGCCAGGCUCCUUUCUGGCAGAAUUUUAGUAGAUUAGCUCCAUUUAAGAAAUAGAGAACCACAGACUCUUCUGAAGGACCAGCUAUUUUUCUUAGAAGCACUAAACACUGGAUAAAUAUGUCCCAUGAUGAAGAAAAUAAGAAAAACACACAUACACAAGAGACUUUGAAGUUAAGGACCAAUGUUAUUAUAGCGUUUGAUUGGAAGCACCGAUAGGACUGAAGACUUGGAUUUAAAGAGAAAAUAAUUGAGAGAAAAAAUCCAACUUUACAACACAUAUAUGUUAGUAACAUUCUUAGUUAUCAUGCUUCUCCGGCUGACUCAACUGUCACGAACUCUUUCCCUUGGAUUCUGCACAUUCACGCCAUCUGAAUGUUCUGGAGCUAUUCAGAUUGUUAUAUGAUUUCAUUUUUAAUCCAUCAUCUGGAAAGGAACACGAGGCCGGGCCGGGUCAUGUGUGAUUGUGUCCAAAAGCUGAGAUCAUGCCGUGCUGCUAUGUGCGAUUGUUCGUUGCAUUCUUCUGAAUGUGAGACGGGGAGAUGUCGACCUCGGCCGCGGGAUGUGUCGCGCGUAGGACAACUCCCAGCUCGACCGCCGGCGUCACGUCUGAGUUCGAUCGCCCCCGCCACUGAUCACAGACUCAUAUGUGCUCUACUGAUGUCUGCAUCUGGAUCUCCUCCCUCUCCCCUUGCAGUCUGUACAGAAUAAACUAUCUUUCUUUUUUCCCUUUCUGUUUUUUUUUUUCUAACUAAACCUGGUGUUCAGUCUUCCCUUCCUUCUCUGAAUCCCUCCCGUCCUCUCUAUCUCUCUGCCCCACCUUCCCGGCUUCUGUGAGUCCGUGCCUCUCGGAAGGGGAGAAUUCCGCUCCUUUUGGAAUCCUGCCAUCGGCCAUGAUAUGAUGGGUCAGGGAACAAAUCAUUACUCGGAACAUCAGUAAGAAUAUUUUACAUCCGCUCGCGACAGGGUACACGCCGAGGCUCAGUGCGUCUCCUUUGACGGAGAGCUUUCUGCCGCUCAGAUGAAACAGCUGGGAGCAGGAGAUAGGCAGGUUAUGGUCCACCUGCCUGGCGUCACAUCCCCCCCCCCCCCCCAAACCCCCUUCCCUCUCCCCCGAUCUCCUCAGAGACCACCCCUGUAGCACUGUGCUGGCAGCUCACUGGGUGUUUGGAAAGAGCACAGCCUACCUCCGGGAAUGAGCAGUAAAAGUCAAGUUGAUGCAUCGGCCAAGGUCUAAAAUCAGACUCUCUUAUUUUCUUUCUUUUUUCUUUUUUUUUAAACAUCUGCUGUAAAAAGGAAAAUAAUUGCUCAGUUAAUUUAAUGAUUUUGUAGUGUACUCACACAGUCGAUUCAGUCCAAGCAUAGAUGGGGGGGUUUUUUCUCUCUCAUCCGAGUGAAAGUGACACAAAUAUGCAACGCUACAGUGUGAUAAGUUAGUGUAGGCCCCAGCACCAGAGGUGAAAAAUAGCGGGGGGGGGUAUUAACAAAAAAAAGAGCACAGCAGCAGGGACCAGAAACCAGGAGCUUGUGGGUAGGAAGGAGAGUUUUACUCUGUAGCAUGCAGGUGUCUUCUGAUGGAUUGAUGCAUUUCUAAAGACUGCAGCUUCAAAUCUUGGCUGGCCGCCCCGUCACGAUGUUUCCCCCAAUCUGAUCCCUGUUCUGGUGGUUAGCUCUGGCGCUGUUAAGUGGUUUACAAAGGACUGUGGCUUGAUCAGAUUGAUUUGUUUCAUCAACAACCCCCCCAUCCCCCCCAAAAAAAGGCUUCUGUGUGAGAGAUCCUGCCGUAGAGUCCGUUUACUGAGGCGUUAGAUAAGAGAGGAUCUGAGGGACUGAGAGGAAACUACCCAUUUACACACAUCAUGAAGGGGUGUAUUGUUUUCUACUCUUGGAAUGUAAGUUAAACACCUGUCCGUGGCUUGUGACUAUAUUUUGACCUCAUAAGUACCUUUUGUGUUGAGUUAUAUCACCUGAUGGACAGUGCAUACACCGUAUGAAACCUUGUGCAAUGUGAUAUAUCAUAUAUCCUCACUACUCACAACAAACGUGAUAUGAAAGAGUUUUAUAUUGUUCUGUCAUUUGUUUGCCUUCUUAUAGGCCUUAUAACCUUUUGGAGAUUUUAAGAAAAAGACAGUAGAAUCGUUUUGUAUGUUGUGUAAUUUUUUGUUUUUGUUUUGUUACAGUAAAGAAAGUUGAGAAAUGGGUGAGUUGGUUGCUGGUGUCUGUAGAGAUGGCUCCCAGUGGGAUUGUUUUGGAAGAUGAAUCUCUUGCCUGGCACAGCAAAAAGAUAUGGUUCCCAGGCCAUGAUAACCUCAGGUCCCAUGCUACACCCACCCUCAUACCCAACUCCCCGCCCCCCCAACUCUACACUACCACCAGUACCGACGUACAGACACAAGCAUGCAGGCAAACACACUCACACACACACACACAGACGCACAAUCGCGCGCACUCACUGGCCCGUUCUGCUGCGGAGAAGAGAGAUGCUAUCUAACAGUGCCUUCCAGCAUUCCACUAGUGAUUAUCUAUUCAGUUUCACAGGCAGAUUUGAAUUAGUCAUGUAUUUUCCCUUCAGUGCAUUUCUUCCUUUCUCUCUCGCUCUCACACACGCUGGGAAUUCCUCGUUCGCCAGUGCACGAGAUCCACUCGAACAGAAACUUCGAGGUCAGGCCUUUUUCCACACGAGUAGAUGCUUUGUUUGUCCGACGGAAACACUUUAAAAACACCUUAUUAUAUCUUAUCACGUUAACUUAGCAUCAAUUUAAUUGCACAAAAAGUAGCUAAAAUCUAAUUUCAGAUGUUUAGAGGUUACAUAGUAAUCAUUUAUUGUUAUCUAUUUAUCUUGCUGAAUGACGGUUUAAUUUGAAUAUAUGGUAGGAAGCAGAUUUCCGUUAGUCAAGUUAAGUCUCACGUUUCAAAGUAUAUUAUUAAUAGUGAGUUAUGGAUGACAGAAGUAAUCUAUUUACCUUUAUCAGCUACCCUCUGUAAAUACUGUAAAAAGAACAGAUCAUAUAUUUGGAUAUUGGUAUUUUGCGUUGGAGACGAAUGUUGUUCCAGUCCUAGCGUGCGGUAGACCUCAGUACCAGGUAAAUGCAUGCUUGUGGCAUCCAAUAUUUUGCAUGAGACCUAAGGCUACUCUUAACAGAUCGUUUAGUUUCGUUUAACUUUAAAACCGAUUUUGUUUCGUUUCCUCUAAAAAAAAUAUGGAACCACACAUUUGUGACCCCAUACCAUCACUCACUAAAGGCCGCUCUUUUCUCUGUCCUCCUGUCUCCUGCUCACCUCGUUCCACAGGUAGUAGCCUUAUUUUCUUUUUAUCAUCAGCCAGAGCGGAACAGUAGCGCCUCAUCCAGAAUGAGAAACUGAACUGCUGAUAGGUGUAAUGAUGUUCUCUUUGCCCAAAUGAAACAGUUAUUAGAACGUGCAACAUUCUUUGAAAACUUCUUUCCUGUAAGUGUUUUUGUUUGUUUCUUUUCAGUUUCAUGCUCCAGACUGCUGUUUCUUUUUGUUGUUUUUUUUUGUUUUGUUUUUUGGAAUCAUCAGCGGAGGCAAAACGGGUAUAAUUUUUCUAUGACAAAAGUGAACCAAAUAGGAGUUAGCGCUGAUCAUGGAUGUGGGUGUGUAUACAUUUGUAGUCAAGCAGAAGAGCUGAAUACAUUGGAAACAUCUCUGGAUGAGCUAAAAAUAAAGAAGACGCACACAGACACAGUACUUCAUUGUUAUUCAUAUCAUGCUCUCGUUUAAGAAAUGAAGUACAAUGACUUGACUUUACACAUUUUCUCUCUUCUAUUUAUUGACAACAGUAUCAAGUCGUAGCUUUCGGGCCAAACUGUUUAAAGGAUGUAUAUAUUGGUUUUUAUUUUCUCUUAUAUAAUCAAUCUGACCUUGUACCGAGAGCUGAGAGGGCAGCUUCUGUGCAGUUGGACGUCGUAUUAUUUUUCUGUCUCUCUGGUCAUAUAAGCAAGACAGCCAAGUUAGUAAACUGUCAUCUGAAUGCAUUAGAGGAUGCUCAGAAUUAUAUAAUUCCUUUUUUAGUCCAGGGUGCACAUGAGCAAGUCACUGCUUUCCCUUACAUUUAGUAUUGCAGCAUCUUCAGUAGAAGCUCUUUGCAGUUGGUAAUCCAGCCCUGUGAUGUUUUACUCGUCAGGGUGCAGGUCUUCAAUGAGCCAUAUGUUAAUGUGGUGCUCAGUGACAACAAGAAGGCCGAAAUCCCACAUUUGGAACUUAUUCAUUGUAUAUUACCAUCUAGUUUGAGGUCUGGAUGUUUUUUUUUCCUGUUAGAAAAAAGAUUAUCACGGUAUCCACAUCCUUUGACACCAUAUGCAAACACAUUUUUUUUCUUUAUUUCUUUCCUUCUUUUUUGCUGGCCUGAGUUUAUUUGUUGUAGAAAUGGAAAAACCUUAAAAAUAAUGCCUAUUCAAUCCAGAAACUGUGAAUGGGAGAGUGGAGAUGUCAACUUGUAUGUACAUUAUAUGUUUUGAUGUAAUCAGAAGCACUGGGAAUAUGUUGUACUUCGCUGUAAAAAAAAAAAAAUCCAUAUCUGAUAUAGCUGUACUUUUUGUUGAAAAUAAAACCUCUACAGAACUGUGUGUGGAGGCGUCAGUAUGUGAGUGGGAGCAUUGUGCUGGCUUUCCUGUCCUGUGACAUAAUCUCCUGUUUGGAGGGGCCAUUCCCAACAGCUGACACAUUAACUCCAGGAUAUAUUGGAGGAAAGAUUAAACAGCAUUAGAUGAACAACAUAAGCGGCGGUCGACAAAGAAACAGAUCAGUCCUUUUGACUGUGACUGCUCUGACGAAGCUGUUAUCAAUAAGUAAUGAGAGUUAUGCAAAAAGACAUCCUGCGUGGCCUCGCUAUAGUCUUGGUUGCUCACUAUGCUUUCUGAUGUUUGGUUGUCCAAAUGCUUAACUUUUU